AUGGAGAUUUUGAGCAGUUUAGAGAUUGGUGUGGAUGACUACAGCUCAGAGUCUGAUGUCAUUAUUAUACCUUCAGCCCUGGACUUUGUCUCACAAGAUGAAAUGUUGACGCCUUUGGGAAGACUGGACAAGUACGCUGCAAGUGAGAACAUAUUUAACAGGCAAAUGGUGGCUCGAAGUUUGCUGGACACUUUGAAGGAAGUGAGUGAUGAUGAGAGAGAUUGUAUUGCUGUGUUGGAGAGAAUCAGCAGAUUAGCUGAUGAUUCAGAGCCAACAGUGCGGGCAGAACUGAUGGAACAGGUGCCUCAUAUUGCUAUGUUCUGUCAAGAAAACAGACCUUCAAUCCCAUAUGCUUUUUCCAAAUAUUUACUGCCUAUUGUGGUACGAUACCUUGCAGACCAGAAUAACCAGGUCAGAAAAACAAGCCAGGCAGCACUGUUAGUCCUGUUGGAGCAAGAACUCAUAGAGAGAUACGAUGUAGAGACCAAAGUAUGCCCUGUUCUGAUAGAUCUGACAGCUCCAGACAGCAAUGACGAUGUGAAGACUGAAGCUGUGGCUAUAAUGUGCAAAAUGGCCUCCAUGGUGGGAAAGGACAUCACGGAAAGACUUGUUCUCCCUAGGUUUUGUGAGAUGUGCUGUGACUGCAGAAUGUUUCAUGUUCGUAAGGUAUGUGCAGCCAAUUUUGGAGAUAUCUGCAGUGUGGUUGGGCAGCAAGCCACUGAAGAAAUGCUGCUGCCGAGGUUUUUCCAGCUCUGCUCUGAUAAUGUAUGGGGAGUUAGGAAAGCCUGUGCUGAAUGCUUCAUGGCAGUUUCUUGUGCGACGUCACAGGAAGUCCGGAGGACAAAAUUGUCAACCCUUUUUAUUAAUUUGAUUAGUGACCCUUCACGAUGGGUCCGCCAAGCUGCUUUUCAGUCUCUGGGGCCUUUCAUAUCAACUUUUGCUAAUCCAUCCAGCAGUGGCCAGUACUUUAAAGAAGAAGAUUGUAAAAAUGCAGAAGAUUGUAGUUCUGCACAGGAAAACAGUGAACAAGUCAGGACUACAGAAGGUGUAAUAACAGAGGAUGAGCACAACAGGACAGAGGAUCUGUCUUCACAUGCUGAUAAUGAGGAUUUUGCAACAAAACUUGAAAAUGCCAUGGAAGAUCAAAAUACAGUGUCAAAUAACUCCCAGAAGGAAAGUGAUUUCCAGACUGAGUCAUCCUUCCAUUGCACUUUGUCUUCAGAAUCUUGUGGGGAAAUGGCUGAUGAGAACGAGCAAAGUUCUCAUUGCUGUACAGCAAGUCUGCGUAAGACUGGGCUGAAUUCACAGGAAACCUCUCUUUCAGAGCAGGAAUUGUACAACUCUUUCCAUUUCUGGAGGACUCCACUUCCUGAAAUAGAUAUUGACUUCGAGCUUCAGCAGACUUCUGAGAUAUUACUUGAUAGAGAAAUUCAGGAACUCACUAUGCCAGUGUCUCCAAACAUUCCUAUGGCAACAAGGAAAGAAUUGGAAGAAAUGAUAGAAAAUUUGGAACCCCAUAUAGACGAUCCCGAUGUAAAAGCACAAGUGGAGGUGUUGUCUGCUGCACUCAGAGCAUCCAGUUUGGAUCCUCAAGAAGAGACAAUGGCUAGCAUCAGCAAGGGAACAGACUCACAGACUGAACUAACCAUCAAUGACCAACAGAGUUUUAAACCUAUACUGGGUGAUAUUGUGCCUUUAAUUGGUGACACUGUUGAGAAUAUGGAUUCUACACUUCACUAUAUUCAUAAUGAUUCAGAUUUGAGCACCAACAGUAGUUUCAGCCCUGAAGAAGAAAGAAAAUCCAAAGUACAGGAUGUUGUACCUCAAGCCUUGCUGGAUCAGUAUUUAUCAAUGACUGAUCCAUCCCGUGCACAAACAGUUGAUACCGAGAUUGCCAAACACUGUGCCUACAGCCUACCAGGUGUGGCACUUACAUUAGGCAGGCAGAAUUGGCACUGUUUGAAAGAUACCUAUGAGACACUGGCAUCUGACAUGCAGUGGAAGGUUCGGCGGACUCUAGCAUUUUCCAUACAUGAACUUGCUGUCAUCCUUGGAGACCAGCUUACAGCUGGAGAUUUAGUUCCUGUCUUCAAUGGCUUUUUAAAAGAUCUAGAUGAAGUCAGGAUAGGUGUGCUUAAACACUUGCAUGACUUUCUGAAGCUUCUUCAUCUUGACAAAAGACGAGAGUAUCUUUAUCAGCUUCAGGAAUUCUUAGUGACUGAUAACAGCAGGAACUGGCGUUUCCGAGCUGAGCUGGCUGAGCAAUUGAUCUUGCUUCUAGAUCUGUACAGUGCCAGAGACAUCUAUGACUACUUGCGACCUAUCGCUUUCAGCCUCUGUGCAGACAAGGUGUCUUCUGUCCGCUGGAUUUCUUACAAGCUGGUUAGUGAAAUGGUAAAAAAGCUGUAUAUGGCUUCAACAUCAACUUUUGUGGUAGACCUCAUGAAUGAACUUGUUGAAAAGUUCUGUAAAUGUCCCAAAUGGUCUGGUCGGCAAACUUUUGUAUUUAUUUGCCAGACUAUCAGUGAAGAUGACUGCCUGCCCAUGGACCAGUUUGCUGUGCAUCUGUUGCCACACUUAUUACAUUUGGCAUCUGACAGGGUUCCAAAUGUUCGAGUCCUGCUUGCAAAAACGUUAAAGCAAACUCUUUUAGAGAAAGAAUAUUUUCUGAAUUCUGCCAACUCUCAUCAAGAAGCUGUGGAACAGACUAUUAUGGCUCUUCAAAUGGAUGAUGACAAUGAUGUCAAAUACUUUGCAAGCAUACACCCUGCCAGCACCAGAAUUGCAGAUGAUGCCAUGAGCACUGCUUCAUCAACUUACUAAGAAGUUCUGAAUGUUGCUAUAAUUAAAAACAAAAAAAAAAAAAUUAAACUAUCCUCAAAUGCUUCUAAAAUGGUUGAUUUAGGACAGCCUCUUUGGAAGGAGAGAUUUCUUGCCAGAUUUAAUAGGUGGAUAUUAUCUAAACCAGGGAUUUUAAGUCAAGAAAAAGUAAACAUACCUGUGUCAGCUUAACCGUAGAAAAACAUUGCUCAGAGGAUUAUUUUUGCCACCGAAGCCUUAAAUCUUCUGUCUUCCUGAACAAAUGAAACUUGAAUUGGCAGAUCAUUUUCAUGGUAAAAAGGAUGUGAUUUCCAGAGACCUGCAUUGUUUCUCCUGAGGAGUUAACUUAGCAAGUAUUUUCUGUAGCAACUGGUAGAUGAAAUGGCCAGAAAGGCACAUUUAUACCGGGAUGUAAGACCUCCAGUAUUAGCGCUAAAAGUUUUUAUCAUUCAAGGACUUAAUCUGUGUGCAGCUGGGCACACCCUUAAGUGGGAAUAGCUUUCAUGUUUGUAAAUGGGGAAGAGUAGAAAUUUGGAUUUCUCUUAAGGGCUCAGUGCUAACACUAAACUAGAAUUUGAUUUUAAUCCUUAAAUGCAGCAUAUUGCUGUACUCAUUAGUAGAAAACUUUGCUGAGUACCUGUGUCCUAAUUAUUUUCAUGCUGGUCAUGACCUAAAGGAAAUUUAUUAGCACAUGUACUUUAAGUCAGGUAUUUUUAACUUGAUCAUGAUCAGCUCAGAGGUGCAACUUUUUUCUUCAUAUACUGUACAUAUCUGUGAGCCUCCUUGGAGUGCUGCAGUCUUUAAUCAUGUUGUUUAAAGCUGUUGUGAUACAAGUUGUUCUCUACUUGUCCAAAUAAAAUUUAUUAA